GCGUAGACGCGUGGACACCAUUUUGAUUUAUUUUUUUCGUUCGUGUCAAGACAUAAUCAAAUGUGUAAAUAAGUUUUUUUUUAAUUAUUUAUCUGUGCAUAUCGGACUCGAGUGUUAACUACAAUGACACGUACAAAGCUUCAUAUCCAGUUCAUCACAACAUUCCUUCUCAUCACAUCACAAUCAACGUCAUCAGCAUCUACCAAACCAAAUGCCAGACCGGUCUACGAAGUCAAUGAACAAACAAGAAUUGAUGAUAAGCCUAAAGUCGUAAAUAACCCUGGAAUACUCCCAUAUGGCAAUCCUUUAGCUGGAAAUUCGAAACAAAAUGCACGACUCCACGCCAGUAAUCAACAAGCCAUGUUUAAUGCUGAAAGAAUAAGACAGCACAAGGCUCAGUUGCAGAGAUGGACGAAAGGUCCUCAAAUCAUUGAUAGCUAUAUGAAAGCGUAUCACGAUUUACAAGAAAAUCAUCAAUUGGAAAUCGAAGAACAACAAGCAACUUUAAAAGACAGUGCUGUAACACCAGCUGUUACGACUAGAGGUCGCCCAAUUAGACAGCGAGUUCAAAAUAAACGAGUACAUAAUAAUGGUGAUAACUCAGAUGAAACUUUGCCAAAUGAACCUUCUUUUUCAUCAAACAGAGUACAAAAUCAAAGAAAAGACAUCCCGAGAAGAAGCUCGUCCAUCCAAAGAUCAGAACCCACAAAAAUUACAAAAGCUGACGCAGUAAUUAAAAAUACUAGAAACAGAAACCAUCGAUCAUACGGUUCUGCUGAUUAUCACCAAUAUUUAGAACCCAAAAGAUACAAAACAAUAUAUGUGUCACCGGUGCCCUAUUAUAGCCAAGAUGUGACGAUAAAAUCUAACGGCAACGAUGGUUUAAAUCAUCUUCAAACAAAAGAACCAAGCAAAUUGUAUACAGAAGCAAUACCAAGCGAGGCGACGCCAACUUAUCCUCAGCGAUAUGGUCUACAGAAAUUUAAUUCAGUUAAAGAAAUAGAAGCUCUCAAUUAUCUAUUAUCAAAGAAUCCCACGGAACAGUUAUCGAAAUUUACAGCUCUUUUAAAUUCUCAAAAAGGUACAGAUGAUAUUGUUGAACAAGAACCAAUCGAUUAUUAUUUCUAUUUAAAAGAUCCGGCAAAAUAUGCGAGUGCAUACAUGCCAAACAAUCCAAUCCCAAUCAAAGACCACAUACCUAUAACUGAAGAAACAGACGACAUUCAAGAUCCUACUAAAAAUAAACAACCAAUAACAUUUUCUCAGCCAAUAGCUCCAACAACAGCAUCAAACCUUGAAACUGACAAUACAAAUUAUUACAAAGUCGAAGAUGCAAGUCAGGUAAUAUGCGAUGAUAGUAAAACUAGUCAUGUUAACUAUUUAAAUGGUGAUAAAGAUGCUUACCAUACUGUUAAUUACGGAUAUCAGCCCUACUUCAACAAGGAAACGGAGGCUGAUACGAGUGAAAAAUAUUUACACCACAACGCGCAACCCACUGGAGUUCAGCAUUUAUCUGAAGACGGUACAGAAACAUCCGCUUUUGGAGAUGAUAACCUCAAAUAUGCAGCUAACUACGAAUUCGGGUACAGAGUAAAAGAUCAAGAUAGCGGCAACUAUUUUGGUCACCGUGAAGCAAAAAAAGGCGAGAAUACCAAAGGUCAAUACCACGUGCUAUUACCAGAUGGUAGAAUGCAGCAGGUCAAUUACUCAGCGGGACCCGAAGGCUUUCAUGCGGAUAUUACGUAUGAUCACUUACAAUAAUAAUAAUUAACCCACAGAUCAAAUUGGAAAAAAAAAUCUAUUUAAAUCGCGUCUAAAACACAUUUUCAGUGGGUUUGUAAUUACAUAUUUGAACAACAGAAAUUAUUUUAAGUAACUUAAGCCAUAAAUUUUAGCUCAUUUAAAUAAUAUUGUGAAUAUAUACUGAAAAGUACAAAUAAAACACAGUCAGGAAAAAUAUUUAUUGUACAAAAAAUAAUAACAAAUUAAAUUUAUUAUGUUUAAAUUCACUUUUUGUUAAUUGAACACUUUUAAAAAUAAAAUACACAUUCUGUGUUUUCAGUCACAGACCAAAACAUAAAAUGGCGCAUAUUUAAAAAAGAAACCAAAAUAUAUAUCACGAUUCCCGCCAAAACUGAGAAAAGAGAAAUUAAUAGAAAGCUAACGUCAUUUUACGAUGUGAUAUGUUGACAUUUUGCAGUUCCUCGCUAACAUUACGUAAGGUUCAUGUAACAGAUAAUAAAUCAUUGUUACUUUAAACUUUUUAAUUCUUAAAUUACUGAUUAUGAGAUAUCAAAUGGUCUGCAAAUAUAAUAUUGCGUUCUAGAUUAUAGCGCUAAUUUUUUAGACUAUCAAAUUCGUUUUAUGUUAAAUCGAUGUGAAUAUUAUUAUAUUAAUUAAUAGAUAAUAAGCAUUUUGUAGUUAAAACAUUCUGUAACAAAAAUAAUAAACUAAAAAUUGGCUAUGAUACUUGUUGACUGAUUUAAUUCUUAUGUUAGAAUUUCAGAUUUUACUACAAAUUUAUUAUUGCGACAGAAUCGAUGCACAAUAUAAAUAUAAAUUAAAUUAAAAUAAAAAACAUUCGCAAUUUUUUUCACUUCUUACUCAGUUUUUUAAUUAAGUAUGUAUUAUCUCUAAUUUUUAUUGUUUUUUUAGUCAUUGAUUUUACUAGGGUGGUUUAUUUUUCAAUAUAAAAUAGUACUAUCGAUAGUCUAUCGAUAGUGGACUAUCGAUAUGCAACACUAGUAUUCAAUACGUUACCAGCAUUGGCGAAUUAUUACUAGUCGAAGUUUAAUUUUAUUAUAUUUGUUAAAAAAAACUGUUAUAUUGUGACCAUAUUAGUACCCAUAUCAAAAUAAAUGAUUGUACUUUUAAUUUUAUUUCUAAAUAUUGUACAUGUUUAAAGUAGGUAUAAAAUUUUUAAUCGUAAUUGAAAACUGUUUGGGUCUGUGCAAUGUAUUUGGCAUUUUUUGUAUACGUAUAUUUAAAAAAAAUUGUGCAAUAAAAAUUCUAAUCAUUUACCAAUAUUAUGUACUUGUAUUUUUAUCUUCAGUUGUAUAAUUUC